UUAUUGUUUUUUGUGAACUCCUCAAUAAUGAUAACUUUCACACUCAUUUUAAACACUUUAUAAUGUUUGUUGGAGUUUAUUUGCGAAGUUGUGUGACAGCUUACUGAUAAAAUGCCAACGACAAACCGGAAGAAGCAGGGGAAGGACAUCGCGGUUCAGGGGACCAACGACAGCAGUGUGGUGAGCAAGGUGUCUGCUGCAGCGCAGGGCUACUUCCAUGAUGUUUUCCUCCAACACUUUGUGUGCAAAGCAGCUAGGAGAGCCCCGCUCAUCAACAGGGGUUACUAUGUGCGUUGGAGAGCUGUGGAUAGCUGUUUGAAGAAGUUCCUACACAUCACAGAAAACUGUCCCAAGAGACAGAUUCUGUCUCUGGGCGCCGGGUUCGACUCUACGUAUUUUCGCCUCCGUGCAGAAGAAGCACUUGACAGGACGCUUGUGUUUGAGGUCGAUUUUCCUGAUGUGACGCGACGCAAAGCAGCCCUGAUCAACUCUAACAUCACACUGAGGGGGAUGUUGGACCCCAGUUUACCUCCUCUUACAGGACCUGUGUAUGUGUCCAGUGGUCAGUACCGUCUCCUGGGAGUGGACAUUAGGGAGGAGUCCCAGGUGGAGGAGGCUCUGGGUGCAGCAGGGCUGGACUGGGAUGCCCCCACUUUAAUUCUCUCUGAAGUGGUGCUCACCUACAUGGAAACAAAAUGGUCAGAUGAUGUCAUCAGUUGGGCAGCAAAGCUCCUCCCACAGUCACUCUUUGUUAUGUAUGAGCAGAUACGACCACAUGAUCCCUUUGGUUGGAUCAUGCAACAUCAUUUUGUUAAACUAAAUUCAACUCUGCAUGCUCUUCAGCAAUACCCCGACACUGCUGCACAGAGGCUCCGCUUCCUGCACAAGGGCUGGCAGCAGUGUGUGUGUCUGGAUAUGAAUGACUUUUACCUCCAGCUGCUCCCUGAGGAGGAGAGACGCAGAGUGGAGAGCCUGGAGCCUUUUGAUGAAUAUGAGGAGUGGCAUCAGAAAUGUUCCCACUACUUCAUCCUCACUGCGUCUCGAGGCUCUUUGAUGGCUCAGGCUUUACUAACACACGCUCCAGUAUCUCCGGUGCCAUUGGUCGGCCCAUCCUGGAGCCCUGCAGCUCUGAGUGUGCAGACCGUACCGGCUUGUUUGGAGGGUCUGGGGAUGGCUUCCACCCCGGUGAGCCCAGGUCAGGUCCUGCUGACCGGAGGCUGCAGCAAAGGAGGCAGGGGGGCUGAGUCCAGGAUCCUCAUCAGGGGCCAGGAGGGCUGGAGGUCUGUCAGUGUGGAGACACCAACAGAGCUGGGAGUUCGACUCUACCACACGGCCUCCUCUCUCCCUGGAGGAGGUGUUCUGGUCUACGGUGGUCGCUCCUCUCCGCUCAACCCGAUCAGAAGCCUUUACAGAGUAACGCUGGGCUCCGGGGGUCCUCCUGGUCCUCUGGACUCAGAGGAAGGAGACACAGAGAAGCUUAGUGUGGAGCAGAUGGUGUGUACGGGGGAUCCUCCACCGCUGAGAUGGAGGCACACUGCUACUGCUGUCAAACACAAAGGUAAAGACUUUCUGUUUGUGUUCGGUGGAAAGAACGAAUCAGAGGCAGCUCUGGGUGGAGGCUACUUCCUGUGUCUGGAGCAGCAGCGCUGGACUCAGAUCCCAGUAGAGGGUGCUACACCAGAGCCCCGUCACACCAGCUCAGCGUGUCCGUAUCGGGGCGGUGUGGUGGUGUUUGGAGGACUGGACCGAUGGGGGGUCCCACUGGGGGACACGGUGGUGUUACGGCCCACUGACGGAGGCUUCUGCUGGGAGAGAAUAGAGCUGCAGCCCCCUCCUGUUCCCAGGUACUCUCACUCUGCCCAUGUGAUCGGUGAGAAGCUGGUUGUGGUUGGAGGAGUUUGGCUGCAUUCAGACGGAGUUCCAGGUGUCGUUAUUAUCGACCUCAGCACCUGCAGCAGUGUGGAGUUCAGGCUGGACACGACCUCCGUUCCCUGGCCACUGAUGCUCCACUCCUUCUGUUCUGAGCUGAGUGAUCCAGAAGAGGAGGAGCUGCUGCUGAUAGGAGGAGGAGGAAACUGUUUCUCUUUUGGGACUCACUUCAAUCUUCAGCCUGUCACUGUGGACCUCAGACCUGCGCUGGGAUGAAGUCUGUGAAACUGUUAAGCCGUUGAAAUCAAUGACUGGACAGAGUUGAUCCAAACUCCAACACCUCUAACAUCUGGGACAGGAGGAGACUGAUGAACUUGAAUUCUCUGGAGCAGUUUGAACUUCAGAUACACUACCGGUCAAAAGUUUUAGAACACCCCAAUUUUUCCAUUUUUUAUUGAAAUUCAAGCAGUUCAAGUCAAAUGAACAGCUUGAAAGGGUACAAAGGUAAGUGGUGAACUGCCAGAGGUAAAUAAAAAAAGGUAAGCUUAACCAAAACUGGAAAAUAAUGUACAUUUCCGAAUUAUACAAGUAGGCCUUUUUCAGGGAACAAGAAAUGGGUUAACAACUUAACUCUAUGGAGUCUUGGGCUAUUUUGUCCAUUUUUGAAUUCUUUUCAUGUCUUUGUAAGUCAUUUUGUGUCUUUUUUGAGUCAUUUUGUGUCUUUUUGUGUCUUUUUUAAGUCUUUUGGUGUCUUUUUUUAGUCAUUUUGUUUCUUUUUUUGCUCAUUUUGUGUCUUUUUUUAGUCCUUUAGUUCAACAUAAAAUGUGAUUUUGAAUCUUUUUUUUUAUUUUCAAAACACUAUCAUGCUCAAUAAAGAAUUUUAAAUGUUGCAAAUGUGCAUUAAUUUCAGAGUACACUGAGACAUUAAACUGCAUCAUUUUCAAUUAAAUUCUGGGAAAGUUGGUGUGUUCUAAAACUUUUGACCAGUAGUGUAUUUGUUACUGAUGUUGGUUGUGGAUGUCUUAUUAAGUAUGCAAGCGCACAAAAAGGUUCAA